AUUGGUAUGGCUUCAAGGAUUUAGUAUAUAAUGUUUCUUAGGCAUACCCGAGUUUUAAGUGAAUCCUUAUUGCAAUUUAACCUUUGUGCAGGUGUAGAAAGAAUAUCAAGUGUAAAUAAUUGAAAAAUUGACAAAAGGAAUUCAGGUAUACAGAAGACAUACCUUAGAAAAUACCAAAGACCGAUUGCUAGUCUACUAAAUCCAUCCACUGUGUAUAAUUGUGGAGGGGAACGGCAACGACUACGUCCGGUAAUGCGUAUUUUGAGAGAGAUAUACCUCGAACUUGCCGAUUACUUCGAGCGCAGACAAAGCGUGGAAUCAGUAUCGAGUGGAUCGUGGAUGCGUUAAAAGGCUUGUUUGUGUUUCAUUAUUAAAAUUGUUCAAAAUCCAAAGAUGAAUGGGUCCAGCAGCCGCGGAGUUACCAUAGACUUUUCCAAUCUGACAGUUUCCGUGAAGACAGGACAAACCAAAACCAAAGAAAUUAUCCAUGGAAUCGGCGGAACGUUUGCGUCGGGUUCCUUGAUCGGAAUCCUGGGACCUUCGGGAGCCGGAAAAUCCACCCUUCUGAAUGCCCUCAGUGGAUUCAACACUACGGGUAUGAAGGGCGACAUUAUCAUUAACGGGAAACGCAACAACAUGCAAUGGUACAGGAAGAGGUGCAGCUACAUACCGCAGGACAACGAUCUGCACCAUUUGCUGACGGUGGAAGAAAACAUGAAAUUCGCUGCAGAUUUGAAACUUGGAGAGACCGUCGACAAAAAGACAAAAAACAAAAUGAUUAACAGUAUUUUAGAUACGUACAGCUUAUCAGAAAUUAAAGACACGCCAACAUCGAAAAUAUCGGGCGGACAAAAGAAGAGGCUGUCCGUAGCUUUAGAAUUGAUCAGUGAUCCAAUGGUAAUGUUCCUGGACGAACCGACAACAGGUUUGGAUAGUUUCACGAGCAGCCAGUGCAUCGAAAACUUGAAGGAACUGGCAAAUAAAGGGAAAACUGUAGUUUGCACGAUACACCAGCCGUCGGCAACCAUCUUCAAACAAUUCGAUCACGUCUACAUCCUUUCUGAAGGCAGAUGUCUGUAUCAAGGAGGAACGGAAAACAUGCUGAAGUUCUUGGAAGAGAUAGGAAUGCCUUGCAAUUUAUUCCACAAUCCUGCAGAUUUUGUUCUGGAGUUGGCGAACGGCGAGUACGGAUCUGAUAAAAUUGACAUGAUGAUUAAGUAUUCGGAAAACGGAGGGAAUCGAAGCUACAUGGACAAGUAUAUUGAAGAUGUAACAAACGGUGUAUACCAACCUCUUUCAGGUGAUCUACAUUUUCAGAGCAACACGUACGAAUUGAAGACUCUAUUUCGGAGAGAAUUUGUUAAGUUGACUAGGAAUUUGUCAUUAACCUACCUACGUAUUUGCGCGACGAUAAUAAAUGGAUUCAUGAUUAGUUCCAUCUAUUGGAAUUUAGGCGAAAACGCUUCCAAGAUUUGGUUCAACUAUAAUCUCGUACUUUGCAUAGUUAUAAACUUGGUCAUGUGCGGUAUAAUGUUGACAGUUAUAGUUUUUCCUAUGGAACUCGGUAUACUCCAGAAAGAACACUUUAACAGAUACUUUCGAUUAAGGAGUUACUACAUUGCGAUAACUAUAUUGGAUUUACCGAUCUCUAUAUUUUCAACCACAGUAUCGAAUUACAUCAUACUAUAUUUUACUGCGCAACCAAUGGAGAUGAAUAGGGUUCUCAUGGUUUUGUCUUUUGGUAUUAUGGUUGGGCUAAUCGCUCAAAGCAUUGGUUUACUAUUAGGAAGCUGCUUAAAUCUCAGAAACGGAGUUUUCGUUGGAUCGUAUGUCCAUAUGCCCUUGAUGUUGCUGAGUGGCUUUGGUUUACUUGUGAAAGAUGUACCGUCAUACUUCAACAUCAUUGGAUACAUAUCUUACAUGCGAUACGCAGUGUCCGGUAUGAAUGUAGCCAUCUACGGUUACAACAGGAAGAAAUUAGAAUGUCCUGAUGAUGAGUUCUGCUAUUACACGACCGGAGCAUCGUUUCUGAAAGAAAUGGAGAUUAAAGACCAUAGUUUUUGGACUGACUUUUCAUGUAUGAUCGCUAUUUACUUUGGCUUAAGGAUCGCAACGUAUUUUGCCAUAACCAAAAGGUUACCAAAAUAAUGUUCCAAUUAUUGUAUUUAUUUAAAUAUCUGUAAAAAUUAAAUAUUUAUAAAGAUUA